UGAGUGGUGGCAAGCAGUCACUAGUAGGCCAGCAAGCAGUCAACCCGCCAGCUGUCCAGUCCUGUCCUGUCAGUAAUCACCACAUGAAAUGUGCCACCGCCGCAGUAGCAGUAGUGGCAACAAGGAGUUGCAAACUGUUUUGUUGCUUCUGCUGUGCAUCAGCAGCACGCUCGCCACGCUCAGUCCGCCGCGCCCGAAGCGAGAGGCGGCCGGCGGUGAGGAGAAAGUGUUAUCACGCAAGAGGCGUUAUGUAGCCUUUCCGGAUGGUUCCUCUUUGGCGGCCUCACUUUGUUUGACCAUCGGUGUUAUUGGCAAUCCCAUCACGGAGUAUCUGAGUUGGGCCGAAAAUUGGGGUGUGGCUUACAAUCUGCCCAAUUACACUUGGGUGAAGGAGCAUUCGCGUGGCUUCAAGAAAGACGAGGAUGUGAAGAAAACCAAAGCGAUGGCGAUGCGUCGGUCGAGACGUGAUUUAUUUGGAAAGCUCGAAACAAUUAUUGAGAACAUGGGUUUCGCCGGACAUGAGUGCGUUGCGCGUGCGCUUUGUGAGUCGUCGAAAUAUUUACAUGCCGAUCGCCAAGAACGCGGGAAUAUGUUAACGGAAAUUGUAAAAACCAUAUUCAGCUUACCCACGGAUCCAGUGUAUGAUAACGAACCGGAUAUUGUGCAUCACUAUGAUCGUAUAUAUAAAAGAGCACGUCGCGAGGUACUCGAUUGUAGCGUUCAGCAUGCGCAAUGCCAUUUCUCCUUGCUGGAAAUGGCCUUUGGCAAAUAUUCCAUAACACCGGCAAAGCAGAGUCCACAAUUGUUAACGAGCUUGCAUAAAGGUCGUGGGUUUAUGUAGAAUAAUUAGUCAUAAGAUAAUAUUUUAUAUUAGUCAUAUUGUAUAAUUUACUAACUAGGAUUAAUAAUAAGAAUGUGUAAAAAAUUAUUAAUAUAAUAAAUUUAUUUUGUUUUUUAUUUAAAAA